GCUAGCGUGCCACACGAACCAUGGUCCCCUUGAAACGCAGGAAGGUGACACACCCUCAAACUCCAGAUCAACACGGUGAAACCUGUAAAUUUAAUGAUGUAGCUAUUUUCAUCAUUGAAAGGAAAAUGGGCGCAUCCCGAAAAUCUUUCCUUACCCAACUCGGAAGGAGCAAAGGGUUUCGGAUCGAAGAAUCCUACAGCCCUUCUGUCACUCAUGUUGUGUCAGAAAACAAUACUGGGGAUGAGGUCCAGGCCUGGAUUACCAAUGAGACAGAGGAAAAAGAUGAAAAAGCAUCUAUUUGCUCUCUCCAUCUGUUGGAUAUCAGUUGGCUGACUGAGAGUAUUGCAGCUGAAAGUCCUUUACAAGUUCAAGACAGACACAGACUAAAGGUGAUGGGUAUUUCUUCCAACUAUCAUCUGACUUUAACACAUUUUAACUGUGUGAAGCUGAAGCUUCAGGAUGAUGAGAGAACAGGACACUCUUUAAUUUAUUUUAUAGACCAGUCCAAAGCCUUCUGCACAUGUUGCAGUGAAGAGUUAUGCCUGUCAAAGGAGAUCCCCUCUGAACCACCACAACACAUUCCUCACAGUGAGGAACCUCUGGAGAUCUUGGCAGAAAAUGCAGAGUUCAUGGAGAAUGAAGGCAGGAAUAUAGCAUUCCGGAGGUCUGCGUCUGUCCUGAAGGCCCUCCCUCGAGUCGUACGCAGGAUGGAGGACCUGAAGAACCUUCCUUGCUUGGGUGGUCAUUCACUCAGGGUCAUAAAGGAGAUUUUGGAGGACGGUGCAUCCCAGGAAGUGGAGACAACAAAACAGUCCGAGCAGUUUCAAGCCAUGAAGGCACUCACAGGUGUUUUUGGGGUAGGAGUAAAGAGUGCUGAUCGCUGGUUUAGGGAGGGACUGAGGAACCCUUCAGACCUCAUACGCACAGGCCAGAAGCUAAACCAUACCCAGCAAGCAGGGGUGCGGUAUUAUAAUGACCUGAACAAACCUGUCACCAAAAAAGAGGCUGAGGCCAUCAGCGACAUGGUGGGAAAGGCGGUGAGGGCGGUGUUGCCUGGGGCGAUCCUUACUCUCACAGGUGGAUUUAGAAGGGGUAAGGAGGUUGGGCACGAUGUGGACUUCCUCAUCACCCACCCCGAAGAGGGUGCAGAAGAAGGAAUGAUGCCCAAAGUUUUGAAGUGGUUGGAGGAUCAGGGUUUGCUGCUGUAUCAGAAAACAACAAGGAACUCUUACUUGGAGAGCAGAGAUGGCCCAGAGCGGGCUCCUCAUCACAUGGACCGAUUUGAGAGAUGCUUCUCCAUAUUCAAGCUUGAGCAAACCAAAGAGUGCUCAGGCACCACAGCAGGGGCUGCUGGGAUGUCAGAGCAGCAGUCAGGGCCGUCCUGGAGGGCAGUUCGUGUAGACCUCGUGGUCAGCCCCUACAGCCAGUUUGCCUAUGCAACACUUGGCUGGACUGGGUCCAAGCUGUUUGAGAGGGAUCUGAGGCGCUGGGCGGGGCAGGAGAGGGGCAUGUCCUUAAGCAACCAUGCCCUCUACGACAGCAAACGACACCACUAUCUUCAUGCGAGCUCUGAGGAGGAGAUCUUCACCCACCUGGGACUGGAGUACAUUCCCCCAAGCGAGAGGAACGCCUGACGGCUUGCUGAAGCCCAGCUGCACACUACCUCAACAGGCUGACCACGCGGCUGGGGUCAAAAAACCUGCCUUUCUCACCAGACAAAAGGCUUUGGUUUAACGGCGCUGCCUUCAGUCUAAUCUUCAUUUGAGCACAGUGUCAGUGCCUUUAGAAAGAAUAUUAGGAAACUGACUUUGCUGACAUUCUAAUGUUUAUUCUUUGAUUACUUUAACUGCCUAAAAGAAUGGAAUAUUCAGACUGUGUGUUUGUCUGCAUGUGUGUGCAUGAGUUUAUGUAGGUUGUGUCAAAAACAAAAUGAAAACUUCUUUGACUAGACAAGUGUAGACCAGUUGGGUAUAUGGGGAAGAGCAAAGAGGGAAACUCUUCCUUCCACUGGUUCUGUUACUGGUUUGUGUGUUUUCUCCUGCGUAUGCAGGAGGAGUGUUUUGGUCUUAGACUUGAAAGCUCAGUUGUACUGCGGCAGCCAUUUACAAACUCCAUGCAUGUGUCGUGCAUUUUGUGGAUUUUGCAGUAUGCAGUAACAGUUAAAUCAUACGUGUCUCUUUGUAUUUGUAUGUGCACCUGGUACACUUUGGCCUACGUUUUCCAACUGCCAUUUCCUACAACAUAACAUUAUUCCCCCCCCCCCACACACACACACACACACACACUCUGUCUACAGGCAUAUACAGUCACCUUUCCUGACUGUGGGUAUCGUUAGAAGCAUUGACGACAACACUGAUGUUUGUGCCGAUGUUGAUGUGUUUAUGGUAUAUGUUUAGUAUGGCAGUGAAAUUGAUUAUUGUGUCUUAUAAAAUGCAAACAACUGAAAAAAGAUGUUAAUUAUUUGACAUUAGGCUCUAAUGUCCUACACUGUUCUUAUUUUUAUGUUGAAUUUGUUGUAAUUGAUACUUUGUUUUGCACUAAUAUAGUACAAUUUUUCCCACAAGUUUGUCAUUUUUCCGAAAUUAUGAUGCAACUAAAGAGCACCAUUGCAAUUUUUAACAUAACAUCUCAAAUUUAUAAUCUCAUUAAAAUAUAUUGUCACAGAUACUGUGAACCCCAAUAAACCGUUUUAGUUAC